AUGGGCAGGAGCCCGGUCAUGCCCGCGUUGUUCCUCGCCUUGAUCUCCGUUUUUCUGGGCUUGGCCUGGAAGCUAACUCGCCGUCAAUCAGCGACCCAAACAGGACACGAACAAGCCUCCAAGAUGGCUGCCGACCCCGUGUCGUCUCUUUUCCCAAACCGACCAAUUCGGCCUUUGCCCAAGCGGCGACUGCGGGAGCGGUUGUCUCCCGAGGUUGCCGAUUCUAUCCAGUAUCCCCCGCUACCACAGACCAUGGCCCCGCUUUUUCCAUACCCGUAUCCCUUGAUAGAGGAGAACACGGAUCCGGCCUUCGCACUCGCUCGUGCGGACAAUUCGUAUAUCGAACCACGCCAGCACCAGAAUACCGGCUUGGGCAUUGGGGGCCACGGAGAUCGCCUUGUGCUGAAGGGAGGUGCAGGUAGUCGAGCUAUUACGGAGCCCUCAACCCUUGGCGCACGUGCAAAGUUAGACCACGCGCGAUAUGGCGAUUCUCUUCCGAUUCUGUCGGUAACACCGUCCGCUGAUGGAUAUGAUCCCUUUGAGAACACCAAUAACAAGAAGCGGAAGAUUCCAACGGUGGGGGAUUCGGCGCCGAGCGGGGCUCACUUGAUCAACGAUUCCAGCGUUGGAAUGAACCCAAUGGCUACAACCCAGGCCGCAGAAGGCAAUGGCGAGACCGCAGUCUCGGCGUCCUCGCCUUACUAUGGCUCCGGAAGCUUGGCAUCGGGCUUGCAGAAUGUCCCAGGACCGGGACGAGGAAGAUUUGGCCGACCGAGGAGUGGCAAGAGUACAACCCGACCCCUUGCCGACUCAACUAAUAGUUGGGCCGGACGGAGCAGCAAGCCGCGUCCUAGUCAGUAUCCGAACGGGUCAAGCGAAAGCACGGGCAUCAUCUCGACUGCCAUUGCCAAUGCAGAAAAACUUCCUCCGCAUCAGGGCCAGGAGAAUAUUAGUCUGCUGCAUCAGCAGCUGUCUGCUAAGCGCAGCCCGGCGUCGACGCAGUUCACAUUUACCUGCAAUUCUCAAGUGCCAGGCUCGCUGGCGUGGCCUGGCGCGGAUCGUAGGGUGUCAGCGCAAGUCCACCAGGCGAGUUCUGCCCCUCAAGGCAAAGAAAACUGGCCGCAUGCUCCGCAAGCAACACAGGCCGGCCAAGCACCCCCGGCGACAGUUCAGACCGCCGAGAUGGGACAUAAGGAGUCCCCCACUCGAAGCGUGGGCAACGCCCAAAGCCAACCGACAACCGCCCCAAAAAGUUCGCGCAGAAGCCUUGUGAAGGAGUACAUGGCAGCGGCCAGGGCACGCCGCCGGGAGACGCAGCUCCAAAACAGACGGAAACCACCCAAGCCCGAGGAUAUUUGGAUCUGCGAAUUCUGCGAGUAUGAAGCCAUAUUCGGACACCCCCCAGAAGCUCUGGUUAGGCAGUACGAGGAAAAGGACCGCAAGCAACGCCAGUUGAAAGAGCAACGACAGGCUCAAUGGGAGCGGAUGAAGAAAGGGAAGCACAAAGGCAGGAAGAACAGCAAGCUUCCAGCUAAGGGCAGUCACGCGUCGCAAGAUUCGCACCACGGGGUUGACGGCCGUGACGGCCCAGGAAACCAUUACGACCAUGGGGCGCAGGACGAGGAUUACUACGAAGAUGAGUACUACGAGGAUGAAGACUACGACCCUGAUGACGAGAUCCCGCCGCUCGAGGCCAGCCCGACAACACCGAGCCGGCACGACGAAGGCGUAAUUCACUCAUCGCGUGGUGGUUAUACUGUUCAUGAUGGAGGAGGCACCUAG